CUGAAAAGUGAAAACACACAUGCUCUUUCUCCUUUUUCAAUUUCAUCAUUCACUUGCCAUAUCCAUAAUUCUCUAAACAUAGUUCACUCAUGUUGAUCAUUUAACAAAUUUUAUCGUGACACGUUAAGAUUAUCUAUUGUAUCAUACAAUUCUUGUAAACAUGUUUGAUGUAAUUUUUGGGUGGAGAAAAGCUACUAAAUGUAAGAAUUUGAUUAAAAGAGUUAAGUGCCGGCUUAAGCUGUUGAAGAACAAGAGAAGUUGGAUUGUUAAGCAAUUGAAAGAUGACUUAGGGCAGCUACUCAGACAUGGACAUUACCAAAUUGUCUUUGACAGGGUUGAGCAGCUAUUUAUGGAUGAUAAUAUGUUGGUAGUGUAUGAUUUAUUGGAGAAUUUCUGUGAAUUUAUCCUCAUUAACCUUCCAUAUAUCCGGAGACACAAGGACUGUCCAAAUGACAUCAAUGAAGCAGUGUCAAGUCUCGUAUUUGCAUCAGCUAGACUUGGCGAUUUACCAGAGCUUCCGGUGAUAAGGAAGCUCUUUGGCGAGCGUUAUGGGAAGAAAUUUGAAACAUCUGCACUUGAAUUACUUCCUGGAAAUCUUGUGAACUAUCAGAUAAAAGAGAACCUGUCCAUAAAGUCUGUUUCAAAUGAAGUGAAAUAUAGAUUGGUGGAUGAAAUAGCAAGGAUUUGCUUUCAACAAGGACCUUUGCUUCUUGAAUACAGGAAUGAAUCACAACAAGAACAGGUAAAUAAAACCAUUCAUGAUGCUCAAACUGGUUAUAAGGAUGGAGAAAAAAGAUCGAAGAAUUCCAACAUCGCGCCAGAAGCAAAUAUUGCAUCUGUUGAUUAUUCAUCAGCAAUUGAGGAAACUUCUAUAGAUUCAGUGCAAUGUUUCAAGAACAAUGAGCAGGAAAGAGUAUCAACUUCAGCUCGGCCUAGUAAUUCGUCUCAAUCUACAAUUUCUAGUCCUGAGCUUGUAAUAAAAAGGGAAUUUUGGAGAACGAAUGGCUUUAUUUCCAGGCAAACGACAGAUCAAUUAGACGUUGAGGAGUUCGAGUCUAUUCUGAGCAAAGAUUUGAACUUCCAAGAUCAGAGGCUUUUCAUGUUCAAAGCACCUCUCUUUCCCUUAAUAUUAAAGAUGGAUACUGAUAUCAACAUGAAUAUCUUCACCCCACAAAAGAAGAGAUUCAUCGCUAUAAAGAAUGCAUCGAUGAAGGAUCACUUGGAAAGUCAAAAAUGUUGUUUGUUUACAUUCUCAUCAUCAGCAGCAAUGACUGGCGGGCAACUUUAUUUGAGGACAAGGACUAUGCCAGUUGAAAGGCCUAAGGAUAACCUCGCGGACAACUCUCUUCGGUCAAAUUCAUCUCCAGUAUAUGUCCAUCCUAAGCUACCAGAUUAUGAUGAAAUUGCAGCUAUGUUCAAGGCUCUCAAGAAAGAAAAACUGCAAAAAAAAUGCUAGUAGAAAGGAAUUUGAGUGAAUUCAUAACAAAUAGAAUGUGUGUGUGUUUGUUGUGUGUGUCUUUCCUUUUACUUGUUACACAAAAAUUAGUAGAUUUAUGCAUUACAUUACAUUUCCCAACUGUAAAACAUUCUCCUUCAAGGAAUUUUCUGAGUGAAAUAAGUUAGUGUUUG